CUUGUAGUACAUGUUGAUAUCAGUACUAUAAUUCACUAGCCAGUAACUAUCUAGCCUAUCGCCAUUUCGGAAUAAAAAUUUGUUUUAAGACGCAUUGACAUUUACUAAUCUUAUUGUUAUUUAUACAGUACUGUUUCUUGAAAUAAAAUUCGUGGAUCUAGGUAAUUAAUAGUAAAAUGGGUGAAGAUUACAAUGGAGAUCGUGAUCGCCAAGACCGGGAUAAGGAUAGGGACAGGGACAGGGAUCGUGAUAGGCGACAUAGAUCUCGUAGUAGAGAUCGUAGAAAACGUUCACGUUCAAGAUCGAAAGAUCGAAGAGAUAGAAAGAGAAGUAGUUCACCCAAAAAAAGUCGUAGUUCCAGAAGAAGAAAACCAUCACUUUAUUGGGAUGUUCCACCACCUGGGUUCGAACAUAUUACUCCUUUACAGUAUAAAGCAAUGCAAGCUGCUGGACAAAUCCCGGCAAACAUAGUGGCAGACACACCACAAGCAGCUGUACCAGUAGUUGGUAGUACGAUUACUCGACAAGCAAGAAGACUUUAUGUAGGAAACAUUCCAUUCGGCGUGACUGAAGAAGAAAUGAUGGAGUUUUUCAAUCAACAAAUGCAUCUUUCUGGACUUGCACAGGCUGCUGGAAAUCCAGUAUUAGCAUGUCAAAUCAAUUUAGACAAAAACUUUGCUUUCCUAGAGUUCCGUUCGAUAGACGAAACGACACAAGCUAUGGCUUUUGAUGGCAUCAACUUUAAGGGGCAAAGUUUGAAAAUAAGAAGACCACACGAUUAUCAGCCAAUGCCAGGAAUGACUGAUAAUCCAAGUAUGAACGUGCCAGGUACGGUUCCCGAUUCUCCACACAAGAUCUUCAUUGGUGGUUUACCCAAUUAUUUGAACGAAGAACAGGUGAAGGAGUUAUUGAUGAGCUUUGGACAACUAAGAGCAUUCAACCUAGUGAAGGACUCGGCCACAGGUCUAUCCAAGGGUUAUGCAUUCUGCGAGUAUGUUGACGUCUCGAUGACCGAUCAAGCAAUCGCUGGAUUAAAUGGUAUGCAGUUGGGAGAUAAAAAACUGAUCGUUCAACGGGCUAGCGUAGGUGCCAAAAAUCCCAUGAUUGGCGCACAAGCUCCAGUACAAAUUCAGGUGCCUGGAUUGUCUAUGGUGGGAACUAGUGGUCCAGCAACUGAGGUACUUUGCUUACUGAACAUGGUAACUCCUGAGGAACUAAUGGAAGAAGAAGAAUACGAGGAUAUUCUAGAAGACAUUAAAGAAGAAUGUAAUAAAUAUGGUGUGGUUCGCUCUGUAGAAAUACCAAGGCCUAUAGAAGGUGUUGAUGUACCUGGAUGUGGAAAAGUAUUUGUCGAAUUUAAUAGCGUGAUUGACUGCCAGAAGGCACAGCAAACACUUACGGGACGAAAAUUCAACAAUCGUGUUGUUGUGACAUCUUACUUUGAUUCCGACAAGUAUCAUCGCAGAGAAUUCUAAAUAAUAGAAUUAUUUCUCUUUUCAUACCGAUUAAUAAUUAAUUACCAAUGUAUAAUAUAUAUAUUGAAUUAAUAAUCUAACAAGCCCGAAAAUUGAUCAUUUUCUUGUAUCCGACUGUACAAAGCAAGCUGUAAUUGAUUUUCAAACUGUAUUGUUCAAUUGAACGUCGUUUGUUGUAACUUAAGUAUCUUUCGAUGAUGAUAUAACCAUACUUAAUUAUUGUGUAAUUUAUAAAACAUAUUUCACAAUUUUGAACUAGUAAAGGAAUAAAAAGUACUAUGAAAGGCACAAUUAUAAAAAUAACGAUGUUAUUCAAUUUCGAUAAUUAAUGAUAUUAAAAUACUAGGCAAUCGACAGAAGUAGCUAUAUUAACACGUUCAGGAUGAUAGUGCUCUGAUAAAACUCGCUACUGAUACCAUUUUUUAUAAUUGAACAAUUAAUUUUAAGAAAGCAUUUCUUGUCAUUAAUAUCCAAUUUUUCGAUUUAUAGUUUCUUUACUUGUUAAUCUUGUUUCUUAGUAACGUAUUAUUUUAUGUCAUUUGACGUUUACAUUAUUAUUUACUGUUACACGAGAACAGUCAGUAGUGGGUCAACGAUAGGUGAUAUCGUCCUGUAGGUGUUAAAGUCAAUAACACAUUGUCACUAAGUUCAUAUAAAAUAUUUUGGGUUGUAAGAAUAUUACAAUGUUUUUUUUUCAUAGAGUAUAGAAAAAUUGUGUAAUGAGUGAUAAUUAAAUUUUUGUGUAUCCUUAAAUUUAAGCAUCAUUUUGUAAAACAGGUUGGUGAUACGAAUGUCUUUCCGCGGUCUCAGCAUUAUCCACUACAAAUUUUUGUAGUAGCACACAAAGUCCUCCACCGGCGAGCAGCAUAAAAAUUCCUACUAGUAGAACUAUAGACCAUGCGGGAAUAGCCGUUCCCCCUAGGAAAAUAGGCAUAUUUAGUCUUUAUACAUGUCAUUAAUUAUAUUAUAUUUCUAUAGUACUUUUCACUUACAGUAAUAACGUCUUGUAAUCGUUUUCCGCCCUCUUAAAAUUUUACGUCUUGCUUCGACUUCAUCCAUAAAAAGACCCAUGAACACUGUUUAAAGUUAGUUUAUUAAUGAGAAGUGAUAUUCUGUUUUUCCCUAUUAUCGUUAGAAAUCAUUUGUAUAACAUGCUUAUUCAUGGUGCAAUAAUCUUUUUCAUUUCUAUUCAUGUCUAAUACUAUUAAGUUUGUUAGCAGGUAUAUUAUAAAUACGUUUCAUUAACAACACUAGUAUGCAAAGUCUAGAAAUUUGCACAAUUAUGUUAGGAAAUAAAUGCAUUUCUAAGCACAUCCAAUUUUGCACUGCGUGGGAAUCAAUGUAUCACAUUUGUCGAUUAGUUUAGUAUGCUUAAGAAACAUAAUAUGAACAUUUAUAUAUUUACUUACGCAAGCCAAUAGUGAAGUAGCACAAUAAUUUUUUGGAACACAUUUUUUUAUCAACUAGAUGAAAACUUGAAUACACUUGUAAUUGAAAAUCACUUGUAGUUGAAAUAGUUGAGUAAGGAAAUCGUGUUGGAACGCCAAAGCGAUAUAAACGUGAAUCCGUUGUGAAUCAACGGUUUGAUAAGAAAUAUCCGAUAACAGGUGGAAAAUGCAUCUUAUCUGUUCUCGUAAAAGAUAAAAGAUAUUUUCACCGUCAAACCCUACUUGGAUGUAUAAUACAGUUGACAUACUUUAAGUAUUUAAUA